UCACGGCAUCGUGGCAUAUUACUAGUCUACGUGUGCACUAUACUGUAGCAUGGUUGGCUCAGUAUUUUAAUAAAAUAACAUCGUCUCGUCGACCGUCUGUCAUUUAAUCGGCAUCAGUCGUACACGGAACGCAGUUGUGUUUUGUCCAAAAACUCGCAGCAUUGCCAUUGAGCUUUAUUUCAAUCGAAGUAAAUCUCGCAUUUAAUUUUUUGCUUUGGAAUUUGCCGAAAUUGUUGUGAAACCUCACACACACACACACAAAAAAAACCCUCUGAAAGAAUGGCACCAAAACAACGUAUGCGUGUAGCCAACGAAAAGGCCAGCAAAAACAUCACUCUUCGAGGAAAUGUACCAAAAUCAACGAAAGCCAAAGAAGAUCAGUACCCAGUUGGACCAUGGUUGUUGGCACUCUUCUUGUUCGUUGUCUGCGGAUCCGCUAUAUUCCAAAUAAUCCAAUCCAUUCGCAUCGCGUAAUUGCAAUCCAACUAAAUUGAUCACCACACUAUAUAUUCAAUGUAAAGAUAUUAAUAAAUAUGUAAAAAAAAAACACGAAACACAAGAAAAAUAUGCAUCCAGAUUUACAAUUUUAUAUUUAUGUAAUUGAAGUGAAACAAACACUAUGAUUGUCAAUGAGGGUGAAAUAAGCAAACAUACACAAUUUCAAACCUUUUUUUGAGGGAUUCAUAAUUUUGUAUCAUCAAAAUUCCUCAUUUUGAUUUCAUUUUUUAUACCGGCAAUAGGAUAUGCACAAAAAAAACAAGGUCAAUAGCACUUUGUUAAUGUAAAAACAAUUCCUAACAUUAAUAACUGAAGAAAGUAUUUUUUUUUGUAUUUUUCUUGUUCAUUUCAAAUGAAACAAUCGGUUAGUUAAAUUGUGUGUUUGCAAAAGAGAAAAAAAUAUAUAUGUAUUGCAAUUACAAUGUGCAGUUUAUAUACAUUCGACUACUUUAUCUAGAGUUCUUUGUCUAGAUAAAGAUAUUCCAAGCAAAAAUUAAAUAAAAUUUAAAAAAAACUCAA